AUGGGGCAAGUGUCUGAGCCCCGACACCGCUGCUCCCGACCCGUGGUAACCCUGUGUGACCUCAAGGCUGUGAUAAAAAAUGCCGACAUGUAGGAGGAGACGCAGCAGGACUCAGUAGAAUGUGCCACCCAGGCCCUGGAGAAAUAUAACGUAAAGAAAGACAUAGCAGCCCACAUCAAGAAGGAGUUGGACAAGAAGUACAACCCCACCUGGCACUGCGUCGUGGGGAGGAACUUCGAAAGCCACGUGACGCAUGAGAGAAAGGACUUCAUCUACUUCUACCUGGGCCAGAUCGCCAUUCUCCUGUUCAAGUCUGAUUGGAGCGUGGCCUGUGCCUCCUGCCCGGAAAGCCUUCCGGAUCACAAGGACUGCAGCCUAAAUUCCAAAUAUAAGAGACUGAAUGAUCUUCAAUGUUGCCAUGGGAACACCUCCAGCUUUAAGCCUUUAUUGUGUUGUUGUACAGGACAUCCUAUGCACUAG